AUGGUGGAUCGAAUUGCAACAAGACCAUAUACUAACAAGAUUGAUCUUCGUCUUCAAACACUACUUACAUCUCCGUAUGCGCAACAACAAUUACAACUUGCUGGACUGAUAAGUCAUCGUGGUCAGAUUGUUACAUCACAUGACUAUCUUCGUAGUCUAUCUCAACGAAAACGUGAACGACGAGAACGUGAAGCAAUAAAACAAGAAAUUGUUAUACGGACAUUAAAAAUUGAUCAAAAUAAUCGUCGUAGUCGUCGUCAUCAAUUCGAUCUUACUGCACGACGUGCUGUGAAUAGUAAUUUUGACACUCUCAGUAGACAGUAUAGAAAGCAAUCAUAUGGACGUAAAAAAUCUCGUGAGAAAAGUGCUCCGGGUUAUUUAUCGAAAUCGGAAAAUGAUGGUGAACAACGAAUACGAGUGACUUCUGCGCAUAAAACAAUAUCAAAAAUUAACAAAGAUUUAUCAGAAUCUGAUUAUGAACAAAAUCAUAUUGAACUAUUGGAUAAACCACAUGUGCUUUCCGUCGAGCGUCAUGUAUGCGAAGUAACUAUGUUUUACGGAUUAAAGCCAACUACGAAAAACGGGCAACCUGCUCGUGAUGAAAUUGUUGUCAUGCAACAACAUACCACUGGAGAAAAUUUAGUCAUCUAUAGAGGAUUUUUAACCGAAGGCGAAUCCUUUUCAUUCAAAUCACAACGUCGAUCCACAUCUCCUCUCUCAUUGGCUUUUUAUGCCAAAGGAUUUAUUGAUAGUGUAAUAAAUGAUUGUUGUGAGUUUAAAUAUGGUAGAAGAAAUCAACAUAUUAAUCAACAUAGUAGAUUUUUGAUCGAACAGGUUCGAAAAGCUAGUCCUUGUGAGAACUGUCGAAGAAAAUAUUUUCAAAGAGCACUAACACCAAAUGUUAAUACUACGCCAUCAGAUACUGCACGAAAUGAUUCUACUCAAAAUGUACUUCAAUGUUUUUUAACAUCUACACCUGAACUCUCAAUUGAUAAUCAAGAAUAUGAUUCAUCAGAAAAACCAAAUGCAAAUUCAAAAGAACAUCAUAGAAAUAAAAAAAUAACACAACAUAAAAAACAUAAAGAUAGUGUUAACACAAUGGAUGAGAAUGGGAACAAAGAUAAACAGCUAACAGAUGAACAAAAGAAUAAGAAAUUAUCUUCCAAAUCUUCCUCUCAACAACAUUUAACUCGAGAACAAACAGCAUCAGUUGACUUCAGUCUUCUAGAGUAUACACUUCUUCAAGAACAAAAACCAUCGAAAAAAAGAAUUCCAAGAAAAUCUAACAAUCCAUCGAUUAUGAAAAGAAAUUCAAUCAAGCACAAUGCUGAACUUAGUCCUAAAGAAACAACAUCAUUGGUAUCUUCACAAGGAACAGAAUAUAUUCAAACAUGGCCCAAUGAAACAGAUAUCAUUCCUUGGGACACUCACAGUUCAGCUGAUAGUUUCAGUACAGUAGGUGCGAAAAAUAUUUUCCAAAUGUCUAUGACUCAAAUACAACAACAACAAUUACAAGAUCUCUCACAUCAAUCUCCAUUAAUUCGUAUGGUACGUCUUGAAAAGAGUGUAGAAAAUUUUAUUUAUAUCCUUGAUAGCAACAUACAAAUUUCAAAUGUAGACAAGACAAAAUUACGUGGUAUUAUAAAUUUUGGAUUCAUAUUUAAUUAUAUUAAUGAUAAAAUAUGUAUUGAAUUUAUCACUCAAAUUGUUAAUGAACAAAUUAUUUUAAUUUUAUCAAGUACAACUAUGAAAAAUUUAGAUCGAAAUAUACGUGAUGCUUCACAAAUUCAUUCUAUUUAUAUUAUUGACGAUAUUAAAGAUUAUUCAAAUGAUUUUGAAAAAAUUCGAGGUAUCUAUCCAAAUAUAACUAAUAUUUGGGAUCAACUUGAGAAAGAUAUCGCACUAUUUACAUAUGAUCUUAGUACGAUUUUAUCAAUCCCUGCUGGUGACACUAGUGACAGUACUUUUGCUUAUAUACAAGUAUUGAAAGAUAUACUUUUGGAAACCGAUGAGAAAACUGAUUUGAAAAAACAAAUGUUAGACUUCUGCCGUCAAGUAUAUGCUGAUAAUGAUAUACAAUUGAGAUUUAUUGAUGAAUUUGAACAUCAUUUUCGACCUGAUGAAGCAGUUAAAUGGUAUAUACGUCAAGAAACAUUUCUAUUUAAAAUGCUUACACGAGCCUUUCGAAUACCAGAACCGGAUUUACUUUUUAACCUUCGUUUUUUUAUUCAAUAUCUUCAUCAUCAGUUGAAAUCGAACUUCGUUAAAACGUCAACAAUUGUUUAUUACAUUCAACAUAUAUCAAAUGAUAAUUUUGAUAUAAUAUUAAAAAAUCAAGGAGGUUUUCUAGCUUUUAGUCAAUUUCUUUUAACAAAUAAAACUAAAAUUAUACAACAACAACAACAACGAACUACUGGACUGUCGUUUAAUAAUUCUGAAUUUAAAUUAGUUCUUUUUCAAAUGGAACUCGGCACUACAAUUCCUAAAAUAGAUAUUGAAACAUCUCAUAAACAAGUAUUCAUUAGUGCUGCAACUAUAUUUCGUAUUUCAAAUGUCAAACAGACAAAUAAAAAAAUACCAAUUGUAAAACUAACAUCAAAUGAUGACGUAUUGCAAGCAAUACAAGAAGUAACGAAAAAUGUACGUGAAGCUGCUCAUGGAUCUUUUCCAUUACUUCGUAUGGCCAAGCUUAUGAAACAGAUGGAAUACAUUCAACAUACAAAAUAUUUUUGUCUCAUGUUAAUGGAUGAUCCAAUAACUGUAGACAAUGAAAUAGCAAAUUUAAUUGUUGGUGAAUUAUUUCAUACGCUUGGUAGUUUUUAUUAUGAACAAGAACAAUAUGACCAUGCACUUGAACAACUUCAAAAUUCUCUUACAGUUUAUUUACGUGUUUUACCUCUAGAUGAUAUAAAAUUAACACCUACCUAUAAUAAUAUAGGAAGUAUCUGUCAUAAACAAGGACUUGAUAAACAAGCACUUCAAUUUCAUAUGAAAGCGUAUAAUAUACAAGUAAAAUCUUCAAAUUCUGAUCCCGAAUCAAUUGCAACUUAUGCAGGUAAUAUUGCUUCUGUACUUGUAAAACAAGGCAAAUAUGAUGAAGCAAUUUCAUUUCUUCAACAUGAUUUACAAAUUCGAGAACAAUUUCAUCCAAAUGGCGACGAUAUAAAUUUGGCAGUUAAAUAUCACAGUCUUGCUGGAGCUCAAUUUAAAAUUGGUCAAUAUACAGAAGCAUUAGAAAAUUAUAAACAUUGCCUCGAAAUUGAGCUUAAAUUACAUCCAAAAACUCAUCCUACUGUAGCUGUAACUUAUUAUAAUAUAGCAACAACAUUGGAGGCAUUAGAACAAUUGAAAGAAGGGAUAGAAACAAUUCAAAAAGCUAUAGCACGCCUACUUCUGACGAAAGAUACAAAUGACGAAGAGGUACAAAUGUAUAAAGAAUAUGAAAAGAGUUUGCAACAAAAACUUUCGAUCAAAAGUUUAUAUGGUACUACUUAG